AUGGACAAUAAUCCCCCUUUUGAUGCCCGCGCGCAAUUCCCGUCGCAUAAUGAGCCUCGAGUAUGGCUGAUCACCGCGGGGGAUUCACCCAUUGGCCUCUCAGUCGCGCGGCAGGUCCUUGCGCAUGGAGAUUAUGCAUUUCUUGGAUUAGCACAUUCGGCUUUGGAACGCGAUGAACGUCGCCGUGGUGAAUUUGAUGCUUUUCUCGUUGAGGUGGAGCACCACGGUGAUGGCUGGGCACAGCGCAUCAAGACAGUUCCGCUAGAUAUCCGAAUGAUGGGACAGUGCCAGGCAGUCGUGGCAGAUGCAGUCGCGACAUUUGGAAGGGUAGACAUACUUCUAUGCUCCCUUAUUGGAACAGUUGAGGAACUUUCUGCCUCAACUCAAACGAUGAAUCUCGUACGCGAUCAAUUCGAGGUGAACUAUUUCGGCCCCCUCAAUAUCAUCAAGGCCACGCUCCCUCAUAUGAGGAAAGAGCGCGCAGGGCAUGUGAUGAUAAUAUCAGGGAUUACGGCGCAUAUCGGUACACCCGGACUAGGAAUGUACUGCGCAGCUGGCUGGGCCCUCGAAGGAUUCUGUGAUAGUCUGGCUUAUGAGAUUGCCCCAUUCAACGUCAAACUCACCAUCUUACAAUGCAGCAUCGAAAUUGGCAUCCUCACCAACCUAGUAACCAGCGUUCCUCCAAUCUUCCCGGCCUAUUCACCCGCCAACAAUCAAGCGCCUCUCUUUCGUGGGAUUCUAAACCACCUUAUCCCCCAACUUCCCGAUGCUUCUAUUUCAUCUGACAGCCCAGUCACACCUAGUCGAGCAACUGAUGAAAAUGCCCGGGUUAGCUCUAUUGAAAAUGGACCAUUCUCCGCGCCGGAGGUUGUCUCCAUGCACCCACCAUUAAGCUCCGCACAUCUUGAGGUGCUGGUCUCUGAAACUGUCUAUGCCAUUACAUCAAUUGCUGGCCAUGAAAACCCUCCUUCGCGGCAUAUCGUUGGACAAGAAGGUGUUGCGAGUGUCAAGGAGAAACUCAAGACUGUGAGUGAAGAACUCGAAGACUUUAUACAGGCUAGUUUUGCUGUUGAUGUUGCCGCGGACUCAGAUCCUAUGCCCGCUCUAUCUGGAACGAACGACGGGCCUUAG